AUGCAAAUCGCUAUCGAACACAGGUCCCCUGUUAGGCAGGGAAGUGAUAUGGGGUUGGCCCUGGAUGAUUUAGGAUAUGAGCGAAAGUUCACACCAUACACGGAAGACGAAAUAAUUAUUAGUUAUAGUUUAUCUUAUCAAGCUGCACCUGAUAGAAUUAUUGAAACGAUGUAUAGAGGGAGAAGAGUUGUGAUUAAUCAAUACGCAACGCGCAUGCGUUGCAAGGUUUAUACACAUUCGAUUGAACAAUAUACGAGGCGAGAAGAAAUGAGCAGUAAAUUAGUAGUCACGUCUCAUCAUAAAAGUGGUUAUUAA